AUGGCAGCCCAUGCCUUGCAGGCCUAUGUAGCCGAGGCAGGGUCGGCACGCCCGCCGAUUGUGCACGUUGACGUGUCAGACGCGGUGCCAGCGGGUCGUGGUUUGGUCGCUACAUGCACGACAAAGUGUGGUGACGUGCUGUUGUCCAUCCCGCCUCGCGCGCUCCUCAACCCCGUGGCACUGACGCGAGGCCAACGUGUGCCUUGGACACCGGCCAAACGAGGGGACGCGGCGCCAAAUCCAUCCCCCCUGUCCACCCACCAACUUCUGGCGUUCGUAUUGGCGCUCUGGAAGAGCACCAUGCGGCGAGCAGAGACGCCUACGACCAAGUACGACGCCUUCUUUGCCUCGCUACCGACCUCUUUUCCUACCGUACCAUUGACAUGGGACGUGGACAAGCGCACAGAUCUGCUAGACGCGCUCCCGCCCUCCGCAGCACAUCGACAGACACAGCUACAGCGCCGCUGCUAUGCGGACUGGGCACGUGUCGAGGCGUUGGACGAUGCGACAGUGGCUUCGAUUUGGUCGUGUAUCCAUACCUCGAGCUUCGUACGUCCUACCUUCGACGAGUUUGUGUGGGGAUGGCUGUGUACCAACUCGCGCUGCGUGUACAUGGAUCUAAACUAUGUGCGUCAUGAAGACAAUUUUACCUUGGCGCCGCUGCUAGAUAUGGCGAAUCAUACGGCCCGAACGGAGCUGGAGUGCAAAGUGCGGUACAGUCGGUCAGAUGGCUUGGAGUUAUGUGCGCCGCGCCAGCCAUUGUCGCCCGGCGACGAAGUGUGCAUCACGUAUGGCCCGCACGGCAAUGCUAUGCUGCUGGUGGAGUACGGUUUUGUGCUGCCCAUGACGCUGCAUCCAGAGACGCCAUGGCCGGGCAAUCCACAUAGCGAUGUGAGUGUGGACGAUAUGGUCCUGACCCUGCUGGAUGAGCAGGGCGCGAUCGGUGCGUGGAAACGAGCGCUCUUGCAGAGCGAGGGGUACUGGGGAGACUACACUUUGCAUCCUAUGCCGGCGCCCGCGCAUCCUUCGCAUCGUUUGCGUACAGCGCUGCGGUUGGUAUGUAUGGAUGUACAAGAUACGCGCCCACCCCCCCUGGCGUCGGACGACCAGAGCGUGAAAAAGCGCAGGACGCCACGCAUCUACACGCGCGACGAUGCACAGCGAGCGUGGCGCCUUGUCACGCAUGGCGGGCGCGAUGCGAUCUCGGACGAGAACGAACGGGCUGUGCGGCGCCACGUUCUUACGCUCUGUACGAAGGUGGAGCAGGAGCAUCAAAAGCGAUGGGCCUCGCUGGAGGGCCAAGAAGGUGAAGCGGUAGAGAUGCUUCGUUCCUUGCUACGGGAAGAAAGACAGAUUGCCCGGUUAGUCUAUGCGAGUGCCGAGCGUGAGGACGCUUGGUAG